GACUUCCGUGCAGGCGGCGCGGCGAUGGCGCAGCACGGCCCGAGCGUCACGCUGUCCCUCACGCUGCCCAUCACCUGCCACAUCUGCCUGGGGAAGGUAACGGCCCCGUGGCGGCCGCUGCCCGGCCCUCUCCGCCCGCGCGCUGCUGGGGUGGGGGGAGGAAGGCGGCCGGCCCGCGCCUGCUCGGAGGUCCCGCCGUGCCCUCUGCGAACAGAGGGGCGAUCCCGUCUGGGGGUGGGAGGGAUCGUUGCCGAGGGGCUGCUGGCACCGUGUGGGUGGGGGGAACCCCGCGGGACGCCCCUGGAAGCCGUGAGGGCCGCGGGCCCCAAAACGCCGUCACCCCUCCUCCCCCUUCCUUCGCACACACACACUCGAAACUCGGACUGCGGGCGUAGUGCUUUCGGAGUGGAGAUUUUGAGGUUUUGUCUUCUGAUAGCUGUGGGAGGUGGAGCAGCUUAGGAUGCAUGGCAGGUCCGUCACCCAGUUAUCUGUGUCAACAACCAUGUCUUCUGUUCCAUUUGUAUUGAAGUCUGGUUGAAGAAUAAUAAUCAGUGCCCAGCUUGCAGGAUUCCCAUCACACCUGAAAAUCCUUGCAAAGAAAUUAUAGGUAAGGACAACUUGAGGCUUUGAAAUAACUUUUUAGUGUUUACUGCUGGAGGAGAUUCUUUCAGGUCCGAAGAUGUCUGGGUAUUUUUUCCAUCAAAGCACGAUCUGACUGGAAGCAUGCAUAAUAAGAUAAAAAUUCCAAAGACUGUGUAUAAUAAUGACUUGAUUAUUCAAAGACAGAAAGCACCCCACCACUGCAAUUAUUUUUUCUUUUGUAACUGCGGGUUGGACAAUGAUUUUAACUGGAUAAAAUGAAUCUAACUUCAAAUAUCUUACCUAUGUGUUGACCUAACAGGGUAGCAUGUAGCCGAGAAUUUGUGUACUUAAAUCCACAAUCUUGAAAGAGUAUGUGUUCUUUUUAACUCUUGGUUGUUUUUGUGGUUUUGUUUACCAUGUCUUUUUUGCUUUAUUUUUAAGAAAGUGUUGACGGUGCUUAAGAGAGACAAAGCUACGAAACUUGAGUGAGGAUAUGAACUUCCUCAGGGCUGAGAAAUACUGGAAUCUUGACUUGACAUAAAAUACCAAGACUGUUAUUUAUUUCUAAUAGAAAUAUAUAUAUAUAUCUGAACAGCCUUUACAAAAAUAUGCUGUCAUAUGCUAAAUAAAUGUAUGUGUGUUGGUUUUUAUUGUGUACUUUUUUCCUUUCUGUGUUGUUUUUGGCCAUGAUACGGUUCACUUUCUUCCUAGGAGCUGAUGUAGUGCAGGGUUGUUGAUUUAGGAAGAGAAUGAUAUUGAUAACAUACCAAUGUGUUAGUUGUUGCUGAGUAGUACUAAUACUAAAUCAAAGACUUUUCAGCUUCUUAUGCUGCCUCAAGUGUGACAAGCUGGGAGUGCACAGGGAGCUGAGAGGUAACCAAGCCAGAACAGCUGACCUAAACUGGCCAAAGGGAUAUCCCAUACCAUAUGACACCAUACUGAACAAUAAAACUAGGGUUGCCCCAGGCGGGGGUUGCCUCUGGGAACUGGCUGGACAUCAGUUGGUGGAUGGUGAGCAGUUGUGUUGUGCAUCAUUUAUAUAUUCUUAUUAUAUAUUUGUUACUGCUGUUAUUAUUUUCUCUUCCUUUUCUGUCCUGUAUAAUGGUCUUUAGUUCAAUCCACAGGUUUCUUUUUUUUUUCCUCAUUCUCUCUCCCAUCCCACUGAGAGUUGGAGAGUGAGUAAACAGCUGCAUGGUGCUGAGCUGCCUGCUGGGUUAAACUACAACAGACCUUUUGGUGCCCAGCAUGGGGCUCAAAGGGUUGAAAUAACGACUGAUCUGACUGGAGCAUGUAAACACAAAUUUGUCAUAAUAUUGAUUUUCCUAAUCUUCAAGUUCUGUUGUGUAGCACCUUACUUGCUGUAUAUUAAAGUUAUUAUUUUGCUGUACUGUAUAAUACUGGUCUGUGCUCUGAUAAAAUUGCCAGUUGUGAGACUAAUCUGGGUUUUGUAGUCAGCACUGCUGUCAUUUCCAUAUUUCAGGAGCCAUCAGAAAUUAUUAACAAUUAACACUCUUUACUCUUCGGGGAGCCAAUCUGUAGUGGAGGUAAGAGGGACACUUUCCUCUGUUCCUUCACCCCUCUCUUUUUCCUUCUCUUCCAGGCAAGUAAAGUAGAUCUUGAGAAUCUUGAAUAUCUUUGGAAUGUUCACACCAAUAUGUUCCUAUCGCUUUGUCUCCUGAUUGUGUUCCAGGUCUUGUUUAAGGUUAAACAACUAUUUACAAAUAUGUCCCAGGGAUCUGUUCCUGGGCUGAAUAUGAAUAACCACGUUCCUGGUUGUGAGCGUACGGGCAGGCACCUGGAAUGGUGAGCACCCCCAGUGUUUUGGAACUUCUUCCAUGAACAAAUGCAGGAUCCUUAAAAAUGGGUAAAAUGUUUGAAGAAGGUGUGCUGUCGCUCUGGCAAUUCCAAAGAGACACAAAUCAUGCAACAUACAGGGGCUGAGUCUAUGCUUACCACACUGCACUUAACACUGCUCUAACCCCUGCAACAGGUCAUGCAGCUGAACUGGAAAACUGACCCGUGUAGGUAUCAGUUGUGCCUGUAGACAAGGCAAAACAGUGGAUGCUAAAGUCAGCUCAGCUCAUUUAGUAAGGAAAGAAGCUCCUAUGAAGAAGAGGAAGGAGGAGGAAGCGGAUAAGACAGGCUACUGUGAAGCAGAGCCAUCAUAAGAACAGGAGGAGGAAAAGGCAGAGGUUAUAAAUGAGAUAAGAACCACCCAAUGCCUAUCUCUACGUGAGUUAUGUGAAAAGAAUUCAGCUGUUAUCAAGGUGAGCACAUAGUCACCUGUCUGCUCGGAGGCUGGGAUAGUGGGGCCAGGAGUCUAGAUAUAGUGGGUUGCAAAGCCAGGCAUCUGGGAUGCUUCUCUAAGGAAGGGGACGUUGACAAAACAAUUGGAAAAGGGGAACAAACCCUCAGCCUCUGGAAGAGACUCCUGUCAGCACUUUAAGAAAGACUACUCCAAGAUUCCCAUUCAUCAGCUGAUUCAUCAACAGGAGAGCCAAGCAGUCAUAAGCCAGACUCACUCACCCUUCAGUAGUCCCAUAUGGCCAUUGCAGAAGUCCAGUGGAGUGUGGAGGCUGACGGUGGAUUAUCGUGGCCUGAGUGACAUCAUGCCACCACUGAGUGCUGAUGUGCCAGACAUGCUAGAACUACCGUAUGAACUGGAGUCAAACGCAGCCAAGUGGUAUGCCACAACUGAUAUCACCAAUGUGUUUUUCUCAGUCUCUUUGACAGCAGAGUGCAAGCCCCAGUUUGCUUUUGCUUGGAGGGGCAUCCAGUACGCCUGCAAUUACUGCCCCUGGGGUGGAAAUGCAGCCCUGCCAUUUGUCAUGGGCUGAUCCAGGCUGCACUGGAACAGGGGGAACCCUGUUCAGGGUGUGGCUGGGCAUCAGUCAGGAGGUGGUGAGCAAUUGCAUUGUGCAUUGUUUGCUUUCUUUGUUCUUUUAUCAAUGUUAUUAUUAUCCCUUCCUCUUCUGUCAUAUUAAAGUCUUUAUCUCAAACUACGAGUUUUACCUUUUUUUCGGAUUCUCCAUCCCAGUGGGAGAAGUAAACAAGCACCGGUGUGUGGUGCUUAAGAUGCCUUCUGGUUAAACCACAAUACCCUCCCUUACAUUUGUUUUAACAGUGUGGUCUUAAAUAAGGCAUGAAUCUGUCAAGGGUAAUACAAAGUUGAAAAAAUUCAAAUGUUGUCUUCCUGCUGUGAGACAGGAUUUUGUCUUCUAAACAUCACUAAUAGAUUCCAUCUAAGCUGUUAUGAAAAUGUAAGGUUGUAGUUUCCCAUGGUAGUAGAUUGGUUCAAUAUUAGCUAUAUUUGUAGCUGAUAAUACGAAAAACGCUGCGAGGUGGAUUGCUAGUAAUAAUAAUAGUGGCUUUUUUUCUUCUGUGCUGCUUUAGGAGGAACAAGUGAAAGUGAUCCUACAUUUAGUCCAACAGUUAGAAAGCACCUACGUAAAACGAGGCUUGAAUUGCUCCACAAAGAAUAUGAGUAGCGGCAGUGUGAAGACGUCGCACAUUUUUCAGGGAAACUUGUCUUAUAGCAAGGAGAAUGAAAGAAAGGAAACGGACACCGAUGAAAUAGAAUCCCUGCAAAAAGAAGUGGAAGAACUGAAAGACAGAAAUCUCAAUUUACAGACACAACUGAAAUCUCUUCUGGAUCCUACAGUACCAGCUUUGUGUUGCCAAAAUGAAGAAACUAGCCAAUCAGCAGAUGAAGCAAGUACCAGUGGCCCAGAAACCCCAGAAGAAUGGAGCAAAAAGCUGAAAGCUGCCAACGAUAUAUGUGAAAAAGUAAUAGAUAAUGUAGAAAAGUUAAAGGAGGCAAAUAAGAAACUGAGCAUGGAGAACAAUAGCCUUUUAAGAGAGAAUUUGCGACUAAAAGCUGAAGUUGAUAGUAGAUCACCUCAAAAGUUUGGUAGGUUUACCAUAGCUGCGCUUCAGUCCAAAGUAGAACAAAGCGAACGUGAAAUGAACCGUCUAAAAAAGGCACUGGAAAGAAGUGAUAAGUAUAUAGAGGAAAUGGAGUGUCAGCUUUUACAGCUGAAAAGUGCAGGUGAAGGAACUCGGACCAUAAGUGCUGUUAGUGAGCAAGCACUUUCUGCAGAUGCUAAAGGAACUGAAAGCAAUGAAGAUACUACAUGUUUGAAAACCCAGGCUGAGGAGAAGAAAGUUGUGACUACCAGUCACAGUCCUGACAGUCUUGAACAGCUAGCAGAUAGUGGAACAUGUUCAAGCUCUUUGAGUCAGGAUGGUUCAAAAGGUUCAAACACCCAGAGUAUCCCAAAGAAAGAAUUAUUUCCAGGAUGUCAGGGAGUCCAUCUGGAUGAAAAUAGUACAAGUAUGGAUACUUGCUUAGAGCAGCAGUGGAAUAAAAUUGAGGAAUGUACCCCGUAUAAGGAUGAGGAACUUUAUGAUCUUCCAGCACCAUGCACUCCUUUUCUGUCUCUUAGUCGCCUUCAGUUGAACACUCCUGAUGGAAAAGAAAACACAGAGAAGACGUCAACAUUCUUGAGGAAGCUGAAAUUUGAAGAGUUUUGUGACACUUCAGAUGACUGCAGCAAAGAUUCUCAAGAACACAGCACAAGCAGUGGAAAGAAGCUAAAUUGCUUUUCUGUGGGAAAAUCAGGUUUUUGGGGCACUUGCCCAACUAGUUUCACGGAGAACUUAGAUUUUGAUGAAUCAGCGCAAAAUUCAGCAGCUGGUCAGUCAGAUGAAACAUCAGCAAAGUCCAGUGAUAAAACAAGUUCAUGCUUGCCUAAAAGGUUACAUACUCUCUGCUCUUCAGAAAUGAAUCGCACAAGAACCUCCAGUGAGGCAUCUAUGGAUGCUGCCUACCUUGAUAAAAUUUCUGAGUUGGACUCGAUGAUGUCUGAAUCAGACAAUAGCAAGAGUCCAUGCUAUAAUUUUAAGUCCUCUGAUCUUGAUAAUUCUUCGAAGUCAACAGAGGCCUCUAAGCUUCUGGAUGAAACUGAGAAGAAACUGGAAGGGAUGAAUGAAGAACAGAGCAUGAAGUGCUCAGAAACAAGAGAUCUAUCAGUUGACAGAACUGGAUGGAAACCUGCCAUGUUUUCCAUCCUAUCCCCAUCUAGACUAGAUGUGAAUGACCACUUUCCACUAUUUACAGGCCAAAAUGUAGUAGCUAGUGAAAUCAAACCUCCAAACUGUUUAUUUCAAAGAGAGUUUUCCCAGAGCCUGCUAUUCAGUAACUCACAGAGGCUGUUUGAAGAACAAAAGUUUGGAUCAUGCUUUUUAAAGAUGUCAUCUGACCUGCACAAUCCACUUAAUCCUCCUUGGGUGCCUUCCUUUAUUGCUGAAAAGAAAAAUAAAAAUGUCAGUCAGUCGACCAAGAGGAAAAUUCAGAGCAGCAUUUCCAGUGCUAGUCCAUCAAAAACUACCAAAAACUGAUUCUGUGUGGAAAUCAAAUGUGGCUUAAAGUCAUCAGUCUGCAAAUGUUUAAUAUUUACCAAGUGAACUUUCUUUUUUUAAUGAUUUCCAUGGAGUCUGAUCCUGCUUUCUUCCGACUGAGUGAAAACUGAACAUUCUCUUGCCCAUUACAAACUUUCCUAGGAAAGAACCAUUCCAGAUGGGAAGAACCAUUCCAGAUUCUCUUCUUUGGCUGGACAUUUUGUUUACUUGGAAUUUUUAUGGCGUGUUUUUUUUUUUUUUUUUCUGAAUUUUCAAGUUUCAUGAUCUUCCAGUUGCUAGCACAGUGAAUGGCUCCCAUGAGCAGGACAAUUUUAAGUGAUCUUGUCAAACCAGUCAUUUAUGUAAGAACUUGCUUUAAAGGUUACAUUUUCCUUUCCUGAAGAUUACUUUUUGUGCGCGCAAGGCAGCUACUGGCUAUAUAUCCUAUGGAUUCAUGAAAUUGCUAUAAAACAAUGUCAGUUUUGCCAUAAAACUUGCCUCCAAGAGGAAAUCUUGCUGCUUAGAUUGUUUCAUGGCACUGUACUGUACCAGAAGUCUUGUUUUAAGUAGGUGUAAGGUAGCAGCCUUUUUCUUUUCAGGGUUACACUAGUUCAGUUAGAAAACAUUGCUUCUUUAACACUGCAAACGUGGCUUGUAUUUUUUUGAAGUUAAGCACAAUUUUUAAUUUAGUUCCCAAAAAGCGUUGUUAUUCUAAAUGUGCUCAGUAUGCCUGCGUAGACCAUAAAAAUGGGUUUGUAUGCUAAUGACUUGUUUAUCUAAUGUGCACUGAACAUUUUACAUUAAUACUGUACCAUUUUACAUUAAUACUGCAUGCUUUUCUAUGUGAAUUGAAUAAAACAUGUUAUAAGCACUGUAA